UACUCCGUUCUCUACCAUGUAUUUGUGCUGAGUUUUUCCAUGUUCCUGCAGAACCAUUCUUGUAAGUUUUUGCAUCUGAAGACCUUUUACAACACGUUGCUGCCCAGCUCUUGUCUGCACUUUGGUCCGACCGCAAACCACUUUAUGACAAUGGCAGGUUUGUAGUUGUUAUGGGGCGCUCAACCAACUCCCUUAGUUUAAAGAUACACCUUAUGAGGCAGAACGUUUUUGUUAUAAAUAAAACAUUCUGCAUCUGCAGAAUUAAAAUCGGACCCAGUCUAAAUGGAUCGUCUUUAUCCGAUACGGGAAGAAAUAAGUUGUCUGAGUUGAGCUGAAUGCAGCCAGCAGGACCUCAAAGGUGUUGGCCUGAUAAGGCAGCCAUAUUUAAUUACAACCUUGAGGACUUUCUUCCAAGAAGAAACGUCCGCUGUAUGAACUUGGAGCAGAAGAAACACAGAUGAGCUGAUUUUUGCUGCACAAAUAGGAGGAGGACCCCGGCAGACUAGGAGCGUCCCCUCCCCUUUUCCUUCCUUCCUCCCUCCUCCUCCUCUUGUCUCCUCCGGGCUGCUGGCGAACUUCUCUUCCACACCGAUUCCACUUGUGUUCAGUUUGUGUUGGACUGGAUAGGAGAGAGAAGAGAAGAGAAGACAUGGCUUUCCUACGAGGAGCGUUUCUGCUGCUGUUACUUCGUAUCUGCCUGCUGAACCGGAGCGUGUGGGGCAAGGUGGAAGUGACUAUGAAUGACAACCUGGAGGUGUACCUUGGUGACCCGGCGGAGAUCCCUUGCCAAUACAGCUUCACUGGUGUGGACGAAGAACCCAGCCGUGUCAUGAUUCAGUGGUUUGUGAGAGCUGCAGGAAAUGGCCUACGGAUGCGGAUCUUCUACAGUGAUGUCAGUCAGCAAAUAAUCGACAACAACACAGACUACAGCGGCCGCAUCGAGGUGACUUCAGACCAGAGAGGAACCACACUCUUAAUUCAGAAUGUCCAGCUUUCUGACGAGAAAGAGUUCUUCUGCCAGGUUAAUGGGCUGGCAGCUGGGAAUGCUGAGCGCAAGACUCAUCUCAGAGUUUUUGCUCCUCCAGAGGCUCCAGUCAUUGAAGCCGUCCCUACUGGAAUUUCCGUGACCAACACAAUGCCAUCUAAGGUGGCAUCAUGUGAGGCUCGAAAUGGUUUCCCUAAACCCAACAUCACCUGGUACAGGAAUGACGAGCCGCUGGUCCCUACAGCAGGACAGGUAAACGUGAUCACCUUGGUGAGCCGGGAGUUCAGAGGUUUCUACACUGUACAGAGCACCCUGGAGUACAAGCUGCUGAAGGAUGACAAGGAUGCCCAUUUCUCCUGUGAGGUCAGCUUUUCUGUCCCAGGAGCCAUCAGGACGAUGGAGUCCCACAGCAUCAACAUCACCAUUCACUACCCCACCACCAUGGUGGAGCUGUGGAAAGAUUCGCCCCAGGGCUUGGUCAAAGAGGGGGAUACCGUGGAGCUACGUUGCCAGGGCGAUGGCAACCCCCCACCGCCCUUCAUUUUCAGCAAGGAACAAGAGCCGGAUAUGGUGUUGGAGAGCCGCGGUAAUCUGUUGAUGCUGUCGUCUGUGUCUCGGAAAGACAGCGGCAUCUACCAGUGUCGGCCGCUGGACUCUGUUGGACAAGCUGAGGUCAAAGGGGAGGUCCAGCUCACUGUGCAUUACUUGGACCCAGCAGUUGUGGUUCCUAAAGACUCGGAGGUUAUGCUUAAAGGUGAAAAUCUGGUAGCAUCCUGCAACGCCCUGUCCUCCCUGAAAACCGUAACUGUCUGGUACAAGGAUGGAAAGCAGGUGGGUUACAGUAACAUGCUGCACCUGGACGACGCUACCUAUGAAACCAGCGGAGAGUACGUUUGCGAGGUUACCGUUCCCUCCCUGCCCUCCCUGCACACGAGCGGCUCGGUUCACAUCAUUGUUCAAGGUGGUCCUCAGGUGGUGGGUGUGGAGGAGGAGGUCCAGCUGGAGGAAGUGGCAGGCAGGAUGGUGAACCUGAGCUGUGAGGCUCGAGGACAUCCCCCACCCAGCAUCUCCUGGAACAUCAUUGGCAGCCAGAACUGGCAAGAAGUGAUGAGCAAAGCAAACGACCACAUGACUCACAGCAUGGUGUCGGUAAAGGUCAACUCGGACAUCAGCGCUGUUUGUAAUGCAACCAAUGACAUGGGCACUGAAGUCAAGGUUUUCAGCAUUAAAGCCAUUCCCAGGGUCACCCGCACUCCUCCCUUCUCUCCCGUUGAAGGCAGCGGGGUGAUCAUAGUGGUGAUCAUACUGUGCUUGCUGCUGCUCGCCUCCCUGGGAAGUGUUCUCUACUUCCUGCAUAAGAAAGGAAAGAUCCCCUGCGGACGUUCAGGCAAAAAGGAGAUCACCAAAGAGAAGCCCACCAAAGACGACAUCGUAGUAGAGAUGAAGAACAACCCAAAGAAUGAGGAUGCUGUGCUGCUAAAGGCUGUGAACGGAGAGAAAAAGGGUCCAAAUGACCAGGUAACUGUUGUGUAAAACUCCUGAAGGUUCUGCGGCGCCUUAGCAGCGGGUCGCCCGAAGCAGCAUUCGGACCACGUCAGAGCCGAGGAGGCCCGGGACGCUCCCACUGACCUGAGAUCUGCAGACCAAAGCCUCCUCCCAGUCUGGACGUUCCCCCUCUGUUCCCCCCUUCGUUCUUUGUUCUCAGCAGUAUUCAGCAGAUUUUCCCAGGAACACACACACUGACACACGUCACACACAUUUUCCAGGUGUGUAUGUACAGAUUUGUAUCUUCUGAAUCAGUCUUUGCUUCAGCAUUCAGUUUUCUCAUUAGUUUUCAGCAUUUGCUGUUGUUUAGUGUUUGUACGAUGGUGAAUCAUCCUUUUUUAUGAAAGUGUAUAUAUUAUAUAUAUAUUUUGUUAUUUAAGAUAUUUUGGCUCAGAUUUCCAUUUCAGAGCAGCAUCUGGCUGGUGUGCAUGUUUUUAUUUUAACGUCCAGGUGAGAUUUGACACAGGACACGGAUGUUGGAGACCAAACGUUAGUUCUGCCACAUUUUUUUAUUUGUAGAAACUCGUUUUACAUUCGACCAAAUCAACAGUUUUUUUUAUUUUCUGGAGAACCUGUGUUUAGUUUUCCUGCAAGAUCGCCAGUGAUAAUCUUUCUGAAACUAGACGCACUGGCGACCUUCACUCCAAACUGCUGUCACGUUCUUUUACCAUUUGUAAAUACGCUUAGGUUAGAGACCUUCUAGAAGAAGCCUGUGAGACUUUCUGAAACUCAAAAUGGUCAAAGUUAGACAUCUACUGUGCCUGUUUCUUUUUUUUUUUUUUUUUUUUACAACAACCACUGAAUGUCUUUUUUUAACUUGUUUUUCUUUGUAUUGCCACUGAGAGGUAAAAGCCUGCAGGUCCCACAUGUUUUUGCAUGUUUCAUUAAGUGACUGUUAUGUUUGGGCAGAAGAUGCUUUUAUUUUUUACUCGUAGUAAUCGCACAGAGAGAUCACUCUCAUAGAACCCACGAAGGCUUACAGUUUACUUUAUUCCGAGUAUUUGGAAAAAAGGUUUAAAUUAAAAUUUUCAUUUAGAUUUUUUUUUUUUUCUAAAAUAAAAU